AUGAUCAAACUUUAUUUGAAAAACCAUCCGGCGGUGGAGGAGCAGGAGCGCCAACGCGCGCACAAGCAACGCAUGCAGCAGCAGCAACAACAGCAACAGCGCGCGGCGCUCUGGCUGCUGGACGGCCCGUCGACAUCUUCAGCAGCGGCGCGUGCAGCCGCCACCGCGCUCAGCGCCACAGCAGGCGACGCGGGUGCGGGUGCGGGUGCGUGUGCGGCGUCGAGUGCUGGCAUAAGUGAAAUUAACUAUUUCGCAAAAGUUUUAUGCGAGAAGCUGGAGCAUUGCUUUGAUGCUGUCGCCGGCGCUGGUGCUGGUGCUGAUGCUGGCAUUGACAACUCGCCGCUCCGUGUCGAUACGGCCUACUGUCAGUUGGUGUGCCGUUUCGUUGCCGCUUUGCAUGAGGUCUGCUGUCGGUCGCGUCACAAGGACGCGCUGCAAUCAGUUUUUCGUUUGGUCUUGGCCGAAUCAGCUUUGCUCGAUAAGUACUGUAAUUUCCUGACGAUGGAUCAGUGGCGAAAAGCUACGAAUGUCGACGGGCACGUGGGUGCAGGCGCUGGCUAUGAUGGUCUUGAGACCAGUGUUGUUGUCGAUGAAUGUUGCAGGAGGGUGUCGUUGGGGCAGGCGCUGCAGCUGCAGCUGGAAGUCUUGAAACUUUUGUCGGCCAUGAAAUUGUUAGAUCCGGUGGUGAUGUUGCAAUUGCUAAAGCAACAAAAACAAAACGCAUUACAACAACAACAGCAUGCACAGCAAAUGGCAACAAAUAAGGAGCGACUGAAGUGGUACGACAACAUGCAGCGAACACUUCUGAGUGAAAUUUGCCAGCAAAAUCCGUAUGCGCGCGACUGGUCAACGCAACAAGUGCGCCAACUGCUGGACUUGGGCGGUGCAACGUUUCUGAAUUUCCUAAUUACGGAGAAUUUCGAAUUAAUCAGCGAUUUGUGUGAAGUGGCCGCUGCGCAGGCGACGCACGAAGCGGCUGGCGAAUUGGACGCAUUAUGGUUGAAUGCGUUGCUGCAACAUGCCAGCGCGCUCAACAAGCACUCGAUACGCGCGCUGCCGCCUCUAUUGCUGCGCUUAUGCAACGCCUCAUGGACCUCCGUUGCCGGUUGUAAUCUCCAAAUGGCGCUACUUAGCCUACAACUAUUGCAGCGCUUACAUGCGCGCCACAACAAUGCGCGCGCUUUGCAAGUGCGUUUGGAGCGUUUAGCGCGUCGCCUUGUAUUUAGCUGCAGCGCCGCGCCACUCCAGCGUCAGCAGUUAGUGCAGCAAUUGACGGAAUUGGCUGGGGAUCGACUAACGGCGAUUGGCACUAACAACUCAUCAACGACUUUCUGGCAGCAGUUGUUGUUGGACACUCAAGAAUGCAAACCGGCUGCUCAACCAUUAGCAUCGCUGGCGAAGGAGCAACAGCAGCAGCAGCAGCUUCAGCAGCGCAUAAUUGACGAGAAGUGGCUGUUGAGCCAGGCAUUCGGCUCGAUCCAGCGCUCAAGCAGUGAUGAGCUGAAAUCAUUCACUUGUCAUGCUUGUGUCCAACGCUUUUUGCCGUUACCUUGGAAUAAUUGCUCGCCAUUAGAACGCUACAUGCUGGCCUCCACGUUAACCGUAGAUCAACCGGAACGCUCCCUGCAAUUACAAUUGGAUCAACUGUUGGUGCAUGUCAUGAAGAUACUCAACAUCUACUAUCAUUUGAUUACGCAACAGAAGCCCCAACUAUUUGUGAAAGUGCAGAAAAGCGAUCUGUUCGCCAAUGCGAAGGAAUUGGCGCUGGUGCAGAGCGUCGGAUAUUUCGGCAGCGAUUACAUUUAUAUAAAACUUUACAACAUUUUAAGAAGUGCUAAUGACAGCUACAAGAUAACGAUAAAUCAAGAAUCCGGCAGGUUAUUAAUUUCGCUACUCCGGACGUGCCUCAACACUUUGGGCUUGUGCAUUGAAUUGCGCGCCCACACCACACCAACACCAACACCCGCCGGCACGCCCACCGGCCAUACGCCCAGCCAUGGGCGGCAGCGCGGCCACAGCCCCGGCAGCAGUGGCGCGGAUACUGCGUCCAACACUGGAGCUGGCGGCGGCGGCAGCAGCAGUGCUACGGCAGUCUUCCCAACCAACGCCACUCUAAAAAUUAAUUGA